GGAUCCCCCCUCCACCGUGGUUUUAUUUUUAUUUUUAUUAUAUUCCCGUACACCGUAUAUUUAUUAGCUAUUUUUCUCCAUGUACAGAGUACAGCAUACAAGCCGGGAUGAACGAGAAGCGGCGUGGCAAUAACGCGGCUCCAGCUGUGGCUCGGCAUCUGACCAGCUCGGAAGCACUGACCACGGCCCUCGGCACAUUGCCACGCACUUGUGGGAUGACGCCAACUUCUAUCUACUCCAUGCUCAUACUGAACAAUCCAUCCUUUCCUUAUUGCAGUCAUCAUUAACGAGGCAGAUGGCAAACCAAAAACGAGAGGAUGUUAACUUCACCGUUUUUAUCCGUCUUCCCUUUGCCAGAGGAGACUUUGUCGAUCCUCCACCUGUUGAAUGGAAUGCUGUCAAAGAUCAAGCUCUGUGGGACGUCCUUUCAAGGCCCUCUAAGGGGGAUGAUGUAGAUUGGAAAGCACUGUAUUUACCAUCCCCGGAGCCCUGAUGGUGGAGUAGGGCCAGGCUCGCUAAUCUAUCUCGGAUUCCAGCGCGGAUAGAUUCGAUGUGACUCUUCCUUUCUUACUCCAGCAAGCAGCAUGGCUGUACGACCGGCAGUUAUCAAAAGUUCGCGCCCAGAUGAGAAAGGCUGGCACGACUCACCCACAUGCUACCUCGCCUCCUCCUUGGUCCGGCUCGGGGAGCUCUGCACUGGGGGUACAAUCGAUUACGAGGAAUAUCCUCAAUCCAGGAGCACAUCCCCCUAGCAGACCUACAAUGCUGCAAAAGGAUUCCUACUCCCAACGAGGUACGGGCUACCCUCAACGCACCAGCUCUGUCACUUCAGUACAUGCUAUGAGAGGCCCACGGGAUUCUUCCCAGAAUACGACUCCGACUGUAGAAAGCAGGGAACCCAGAUGGGAAGCCCACGAUCGACGGCCUUCCUUUAAACAAGAGCAGGCGCGGACUGCGCUUCCCCGGGAAUCGCCUACGCUCGAAGAAGAGGAUCUGUCAUCUUCGUCGGAGUCCGAAUCAGAUGACGAAGAUCACGAAGUACCAAACACGAGGGGUCCCCUAUUCAAACGCUUCGGGAAGUUUUCCACGUAUAAGCCGGGCAUGCGGGGUGACGAGGAAGAUGAAGAUGAUUCUCCGGCUUUCCUUCCUCUGGACCGCCAGAAUGGACCGGCGCCAGGCGAGCCUCCUGCACAGGACCUUAAUGCGACGCUUCGCCUGAAUGCUGAGCGGCCAGGAAUGCCCAGGUGGCACACAACGGGACGUCCCUCGAUUCCAACCAAUAAGUCUCUAAUAACUGAGUCGUCCGCAAGCUCAGCCAGCUCAGGUGUUGCUAUCAGUCGAUCCCAAACAGAAGGUCCCCGGGGGGCGAGCCAGGCGGGAGUACUGAGUCCUCGACGGACUGCAGAGCUUGCGCAUCGGGGCUCUCGCGCUUCUGGCAAAGAUACCAGUGAGGGAACUCCCAGCAUGGGAAGCAGUUUCAGCGACCUAGAUGAUGCGAGCGUGACACAGUCGGCACUGGAAGAGGCUCUUCUAAGUAAUAUGCAGCGUGGUGGAAUGGCUAGCCGGAUGAGCACCAUCAGUCAAGCACUACGCAGUCGCUAUCUCUGAACAGAGGCAACUGAGAUGCCGACUUUCCCUUUUACGUUAUUGGUGGAUUCGGGAAUAGGGAUAAUACUAGUGGUAGUCAAUAAUAAUAUGCAACGACGCGACAACUAUACUGCUUGUAGUAAUAAUGCUGUCCGGUGCGAGGAGUUUUGACCGAGGUGCUUUUCGGUUGACGUCAGUGGAACAGUUGAUUUAUCCGAAAGUGGCAGAAAACCCCUCGGCACGAAAGAACAGUAAUGAGCAUUGCAUUUUC